UUAAAUAUGUGUAGCCAUUUUGGAUAAGUGAAUGUAGUGCCUUUGGGCGUGUGACAUAGCAGCCAUAAUGUACUACCAUUUGAAAGCUGGACAAAGCUGCAGAAGGUUGCAGUAUCAGAUGUCACUAGUAGAUUUGGGAAAGAAACUUUUAGAAGCUGCACGAGCAGGUCAAGAUGACGAAGUUCGCAUUUUGAUGGCAAAUGGAGCACCUUUUACCACAGAUUGGUUGGGAACAUCUCCGCUUCAUCUAGCAGCACAGUAUGGACACUACUCAACAACAGAAGUGUUGCUGCGAGCAGGUGUAAGUCGGGAUGCCAGAACCAAAGUGGACAGAACUCCAUUGCAUAUGGCAGCGUCAGAAGGCCAUGCCAGCAUAGUAGAAGUCUUACUUAAGCACGGUGCUGAUGUCAAUGCGAAGGACAUGCUCAAAAUGACUGCACUUCACUGGGCUACUGAACAUAACCACCAAGAAGUUGUAGAACUCUUAAUAAAGUAUGGAGCAGAUGUUCACGCUCAGAGUAAAUUUUGCAAAACGGCAUUAGAUAUUGCAGUAGACAAUGGAAAUGAAGACCUUGCAGAAAUAUUACAGAUUGCAAUGCAGAACCAAAUCAAUACGAAUCCAGAGAGUCCGGACACUGUGACGAUACAUGCAGCAACACCACAGUUCAUCAUCGGACCUGGAGGGGUGGUGAACCUAACAGGUCUGGUAUCUUCUGCAAAUAUAUCAAGUGGAACAGAUGAAACAGGAGUGUCUGCUGUACAGUUUGGAAAUUCGUCGACGUCAGUAUUAGCCACGUUGGCAGCUUUAGCAGAAGCGUCAGCUCCACUGUCUAAUUCUUCAGAAACACCAGUUGUGGCCACAGAAGAAGUUGUGACUGCAGAAUCUGUGGAUGGUGCUAUUCAGCAAGUCGUCAGUUCUGGAGGUCAGCAAGUUAUUACUAUAGUUACAGAUGGCAUUCAGCUUGGUAAUCUGCAUUCGAUUCCAACCAGUGGAAUAGGGCAGCCAAUCAUUGUGACCAUGCCAGAUGGACAGCAAGUACUAACAGUUCCAGCAACAGACAUUGCUGAAGAAACUGUGAUAAGUGAAGAACCGCCAGUGAAGAGACAGUGCAUUGAGAUUGUUGAAAAUCGUGUGGAGUCUGCAGAAAUAGAAGAAAGAGAAACUCUUCAGAAACAGCUGGAUGAGGCAAACAGAGAAGCACAAAAAUAUCGUCAGCAGCUUCUAAAGAAAGAACAAGAAGCAGAGGCCUAUCGGCAGAAGUUAGAGGCAAUGAACCGCCUCCAGACUAAUAAAGAAGCUGUUUAAUAAAAAAUGAACAUACUGCAAAGCCUGUUACUUUCAAAAACCUGCAGUACAAUCUUGAACUGUACGCUAUAUAGGUACAGACACAGGAUUACAUGAUAGAGAAGAUGCUACAAGUUGAUAACUGGACUUAAGCCGUGAGCUCUGAUGAAUUUCUUGUAACAUAAAAACUCUGAAUUUAGAAAUUGUGAAAAGUAUUUAAAAAUGAAAUACUGUAAAUAGUUGUUUUUUUUACAGUUUCAAAAUAAGUUCAUAAAUCUUUUUGAAGGGAUCCAGAAACAUGAGAAGCCAAUGUUUUUGUGAAAUUUUUGAUUUUAGUAUGAAUCUAACUCCUGAAAAACAGAACAGUUUUAAGGGUGAUGAUGUUGAUUUAAGCUGACAACUUGAAAAUGAAUUAUGUGACAAAAUGAAUUAACAGUUAUUUCUACAUGGUAACAACUUAAACUUCUCUGAAUAAGACAUUUCCAGGUGGAAAUCUUUGUACAGCUUUAAGUAGUUGUCUCAGAUUCUCUGAAAACCAUUUUUGGGUUUUUUUUAUUUUAGAUGGUGAAAUUUUUAUAUUUAAUUUCAGAUAUAUCCAAGUAGAUUUACAUGUAUAUGAAGCUAAUAUUUUUUAAACUUUUCAGUUUGUACAUAUGCUGCAUGUUUUUGUAAUUUCUACACAUAUAUCUUGCAUAGGUAUUUUUCAGCAAAGAUGAGAAAAAUUAUGAGAAAAAUGUUUAGCCUAUAGGUCAUUUGAAGUAAGCUAGCAGCCAGUUUUAUUGUGGAUGGUAUAUUUCUUGGAAGAAUGUAAUUUGUAAUUAAAAAGAACAAAAAAAAAAAUUUAAUUUACACAUUAGAGGCAAUUUAAAAUUUGGUAAUGGAGGCAUUGAAACUUCACUCUGUGUGUCUUAAAAUUUUCCUGGACAAGCAUUUUAAAGUUCAGUAAUGAAUAGAAAAGAAUGUCUCCACUGGAACACAAAUAGUAGUUCUUUUAGAAUAUUCCUAUUGAUCUUUUUUUCCCCAAUAGCCUUGAAAUUAUUUCAGUGAUACAUUUUUUCUGAACGGACUUUUGCAUUUUAAUUAUGCAAUUGGACAAGUAAUUUUUUUAUGUUGUAGUGAUGCUCUUCUUACCUAGCAUCAUUGUUCUUCACUGUGAUACUGUGUUUGUGUGUGUCUGUGCAGUGAUCUAUUAUGCUUAGGAUUUAUAUAGCACGUUACAUCUUCAGAGCAUUGUAAAAUCUUUUAAAGAACCCUUACUGUACUGCCUGAGGCAGGUAAGUGAGUGUUAUUGUCUCAAUUUUAUAACUGGUAUAAGUGCAACACAGAGAGUGUUAAAAUGACUGGCCCAAGACCACGUGAAUCUGUGGUAGUCCUGGGAAUAGAUCUCGGGAGUUCCUGGCUUCUAGUCCUGUGCUUAGACUGAGCUGCCUUAAGAUUGUUCAGCGCUGUGUUACAUGAAAUUUUGAACUACUGUGCAGAUUCCUUUUUUGUAAGAUAAAACUCUUUGUGCUUUGCUUUGUUGUUCCAUGUUUCACUGCUUUUAUGGAAUUGUUUAUAUAAACUUAAGCAAAAAGUCUAGUUUACUUAAUACUGUACACAGAAGAAUUACCCUUAAAACUGUACUCUGGCCUACUUUUUCUAUUUUACAAUUAAAUAUCUUUUCC